CACUCACUCACUUAGUUAACUCCCUUCUUCACCCCAGGGCCUCCAAGGCAACUUACAUCUGCUGCUAUAGCCAAGUCCACUUUCAGUUUCAUUUCCCCCGACCCGGGCCUCAGCCGCGAUGCCCACGAAAUUCAGCUGCCGACAGCUCCGACAAACGGGCCAGAGGUUCGAAUCUUUCCUACUGGACCAGGGACUGGACCGGGAGACCGAUCGAGAGCAGCUCAGGAGCAUCUACAAUGGGGACUUCAAGACCAGCUGUGGGACCCGCAUCCCGAACUUCUCUUCCAUGCUGUAUGGGAUGAAGAUCACAAACCUGGCCUAUGUCACCAAGACUCGAGUGAGAUUCUUUCGCCUGAAGCGUUCUGCUGAAGAACCCCAGAAAUCCAAGGAACCCGUCCAGGAACAGAGGACACAGGGGCCACAUAUCAACCAGCAGAAAAAGUCUCUGCUCGCCAAGAUCUUUCAUGACAGGGCCCAGUACCUUCAUGGGAAACACGGCGUGGAUGUGGAGGUCCUGGGACCCCAUGAAGAUGUUGACGGACAGCUCCUCAUCAGCCUGGAUGUGGACUGCGAGGUGGUGCUGACUUUGAGACUUUGGAACGGGGGAAGUCAGACCGUCACCCUGACCCACCUUUUCCCUCUCUGCUGGAUCCCACAGUUUACCUUCUUCUAUGCGGACGAGGAACUUCCCUGCCCAUUGGGCCCUGGUAAAAGCUUCGAGCUUCGUGUCCACUGUAAGACCAGCUUUGUGGGCUACUUUCCGGUCACAGUGCUCUGGGAGCUGAUGGGGCCCCCCGAAGAGUCUAACUCCGAGGGAGCUGGCACUUUCUAUGUGGCCCGCUUUUUGGCUGGUGUUGCCCACAGUCCCUUGGCUGCUCAGCUAAAGCCUACAACCCCCUUCACUCGGACCCGGAUCCCUCGAAACCCUGUAACCACCACACGGAUAGAAGAGGGAGAAAAACCCGACCGUGCUAUAGGCUAUGACCUGGAGUUCACUCGGCCACUAGGGGCCUACCUGCCACCCCCUCGUCUCCGGGAGCUGCUUCCCAACCUGCAGAGGAGUAUCUUCACUGUUCCCCAGGAGGUCGCUGAGAUCAAGGCCCGCCUGGAGCUCACUCUGAGGUGGCGAAACUAUGCGGAGAAGCUGCAUCUGCUGCUGCACCUGGAGGAGCUCCAGAUGGAGCAUGACAUCCGCCACUAUGACCUGGAGUCAGUGCCCAUGACCUGGGAACCGGCAGACAAGAGACCCCCACUACUUACGCUAAAGGUUCCUGGGGUGGCUGAGAGCCGCCCCUCAGUGCUCCGGGGAGACCACCUGUUUGCAGUUUUGUCCGCUGAGUCACAUCUGGAAGACCUGGUCACCUACAAGGGCUAUGUGCAUAGGGUGGAGCUGGAGCACGUCAAGCUGAGCUUUCCUAGGAGCCUUCUGAACCGCUUUGUGAAUGGACUUACCUUCAAUGUGAACUUUACCUUUAACCGCCAACCUCUUCGGGUGCAGCACCGGGCCCUAGAUCUGACGAGCUACUUCCCCCUGGAGCCUGUGCUUUUUCCUAAGAUGGCCCGCGAGGUCCCCCUGCUGCCCCCCGAUGUCACUCUCAACUUGUACGACCGGACUCUGGAGUCAAACCCUGAACAGCUGCAGGCCUUGAAGCACAUUGUUCGGGGCACCACUCGGCCGGCCCCCUACAUCAUCUUUGGCCCCCCUGGGACUGGCAAGACUGUCACUUUAGUGGAAGCCAUCAAGCAGGUGGUAAAGCUUUUACCUCAAGCCCAUAUCCUGGCCUGCGCCCCCUCCAACUCAGGGGCUGACCUCCUCUGCCAGCGGCUCCAGGCCCACCUCCCCAGAUCUAUCUACCGCCUCCUGGCCCCCAGCAGGGACAUCCGCUUGGUGCCUGAAGACAUCAAGCCCUGUUGUAACUGGGAUGAGAAGAACAGAGAGUUUGUGUUUCCUGCCAAGAAGCACCUGCAGGAGUACCGAGUCUUAAUUACUACCCUCAUCACGGCCAGCAGAUUGGUCUCGGCCGAGUUUCCCAUCGACCAUUUCACCCACAUCUUCAUCGAUGAGGCCGGUCAUGCUAUGGAGCCCGAGUGUCUGGUGGCCAUAGCAGGGUUGCUGGCAGUCAAGGAGUCCGGCGAUCCAGGGGGGCAGCUGGUGCUGGCAGGAGACCCUCGGCAGCUGGGACCCGUGCUUCGAUCCCCAUUCGCCCAGAAGCAUGGGUUGGGGUACUCCCUACUGGAGCGACUCCUCACCUACAACCCCCUCUACAAGAAGGACUCAGAGGGCUUUAACUCCCAGUUCAUCACCAAGCUGCUACGCAACUACAGGUCUCACCCAGACAUCCUGGAUAUCCCCAACAAGCUCUACUAUGAGCAGGAGCUGCAGGCCUUUGCCAACCUCAUGGACCGAGAACGCUUCUGCCACUGGGAGGGUCUGCCUCGGAAGGGCUUCCCCAUCAUCUUCCAUGGUGUCAUGGGCAAAGACGAACGAGAAGGCAACAGUCCUUCCUUCUUCAACCCCGAAGAGGCUUCCACGGUGGUUGCCUACCUGAAGCAGCUUUUGGCACCCUCCUCCAAAAAAGGCAAAGGUCGCCUGAACCCUCAGAAUGUGGGCAUCAUCUCUCCAUACCGGAAGCAGGUGGAAAAAAUCCGGUAUUGCAUCACUAAACUGGACAAGGAACUGCGGGGAAUGGAUGACAUCAAGGACUUGAAGGUGGGCUCUGUGGAAGAGUUCCAGGGUCAGGAGCGCAGCGUCAUCAUCAUCUCAACCGUGCGAAGCAGCCAGAACUUCGUCCAAAUGGAUCUGGACUUUAACCUGGGUUUCCUGAAGAACCCCAAGAGAUUCAAUGUGGCUGUGACCCGGGCAAAGGCCUUGCUCAUCGUUGUGGGCAAUCCCCUCCUCUUGGGCCAUGAUCGAGACUGGAAAGCAUUCCUGGAGUUCUGUAAGGAAAACGGGGGGUAUACUGGGUGUCCCUUCCCUGCCAAAGUGGACCUGCAGCAGGGACAGAACUUACUUGAAGAUUUGAGCAAGCUCAGCGCCUCUACCUCAGGGCCCCGAGAACGGGACGGGGACGACAGCCUGUCUGUGCAGGUGGAGCCAGAGUGGAGAAAUGAGCUCUGAAGACAGCGCCAGCCUUCUAGUGCCAUC